GGGCCGUGACGUCAGUAUAGGAAGUCAUUGUAGAGCAACACUGGAGCGAUUAGCAGCAAAAAGGGGGAGCCUGAUGUCGAGGAGUCAGCCCUGUGUAUAUCUCUCUAUACGCCUCAACUUUUAACACAAAGUUCAAUAUCCAAACACUAAAAGGGACGUGGACCAGGCUGCGCAGAGCCGCACUUUGCUUUUACGCACAUCCACUGAAUGUAACAUCUUGGACCAUAUAGGCUGUGUGAGCGUGGAUUCUGGGUUUAUUUAUUUUUUCCACCUAAAAUCUAGGCUCCUUUUUCUCUCUUUUUUUUUUCCUAAUUUGUAACUCGACUUUAUUUUUCUUGGCGCCGGAGGAGAAGCAUCCCUCGCUGUUGUUAUGAAGACGCCUUCACUGCUUUAUUAACAUGGAAGGAUCCAGCGGGUCGAGUUUUGGGAUAGACACUAUUUUAUCCAGCGCCUCUAACUCUGGUAACCCCGUGCUCAUGAACGGAGAUUUCCGCCUCGGCGACAGCAGGACGGCGGAUUUCAGGAGCCAGGCGACCCCUUCGCCAUGCUCGGAGAUAGACACGGUGGGGACGGCCCCCUCAUCCCCCAUCUCGGUCACCAUGGAGCAGGGCGACGCGCAUCUGGUGCAGGACGGCAGCCUCCAGCACCACCACCUCCACCACCACAACCAGCCGCAGAGUCUGCCGCUGUCUCCCCAGCAGCAGCAGCAGCAGCAGCCGCUCGCCGGGGCCGGCUGCGCCCCGAGGACGGCCACCUCCUCGUUUCUAAUCAAAGACAUUCUGGGCGACAGCAAACCGCUGGCCGCCUGCGCACCUUACAGCACCAGUGUAUCCUCACCGCAUCACACGCCAAAACCAGAAAGUGCCACGGCUCCGGACGGCUUCAGGCCCAAGCUGGAACAGGACGAGAGAGGGGGCAAGUUGGACAAAAGGGACGACAUACACAGUGACAUGAAAUGCAACGAAGACGGCGACCGGGAAAUCUCCAGUAGCAGAGACAGUCCGCCGGUGCGCUCGAAAAAGCCUCGCAAAGCACGGACAGCCUUUACCGACCACCAGCUCAACCAGCUGGAGAGGAGCUUCGAGCGACAGAAAUACCUCAGCGUGCAGGACCGCAUGGACCUGGCCGCGGCUCUCAACCUGACGGACACACAAGUCAAGACCUGGUACCAAAACAGACGGACGAAGUGGAAGAGGCAGACGGCUGUGGGCCUGGAGCUGCUGGCUGAAGCAGGAAACUACUCGGCCUUACAGAGAAUGUUCCCGUCGCCCUAUUUCUACCACCCGAGCCUGCUGGGCACCGUGGACAGCACGACGGCGGCCGCUGCGGCCGCGGCCAUGUACAGCAGCAUGUACCGGACUCCUACCGCACCGCACCCAGGCCUCCAGAGACCUCUGGUCCCCAGGGUGCUUAUUCACGGCCUCGGGCCGGGGGGGCAACCGGCACUAAACCCCCUGUCUAACCCCAUGGUCGGCCCACCGCAUCAGCGGUAAAAAAAAGAAAAGAAAAGAGAGACGAUAUAAGACGAUGGCCAGAAACCUGGUUGAAGACGUGAUGUGAGUAACUGCAUCGGAAGCACAUUGCAGGACUUUACUCUCCCUGUCCCAUAAAGAAAGACCCAUUUAAAGACAUUUUACAGAAGUAAAGGAGGUAUUUAAUAUAGGCCCAGAUAAGCCUGAAGACUCUGUCCGCCCGAGACACACAGGACUGCUCAUGUCUGAUUGUUUGUUUGUUUGUCUUUUGUACAAAUACACUUACAUUAGCAAAUAAACUUAUGAAGUUUAUUAGAUGGAGAAGAACUGAAUGAAUAAAGAAGUAAUGAUACUAAUCCAA